AUGUACAUCGAAGAAAACAGACCUGACCUCUCGGGCGGAUUUCAUGGGAACCGAGCCUUCGCCUCGGCAGAAGACGAAGCUGACUGGGACGAGCAGAACGUGGAGGGAGCCUCGGAAGCAGCCGGACCACUCCCUUACUGCUCCGUGGACAUCCCAAUGGACGACGAAAAUCCUCGCGAAAGCAUCAACGCCGAAGUCUUCUACGAUUUCGCCGACAACGGUUACGUUACACCUGCACGGGUCAACACCAACGAAGCAGAACGAGUAGGACCAAAUUUCAAUCCUACACCAGAAGCGGGAGACGAAGCAGUUUAUCCCGAGGACACCACACUCCCCCGCUACUCACAGAGUGGACUUCAGAUACUCGGACUCGUCACCGCAGUCCACGGUCCCGCCAUUCCUAAAGAGCCUGCGACGGUUCAACAGGCUCUGGGGGGGGAGCACAGGGAAAAAUGGCGUGAAGCCAUGGACAGAGAAUUAAAAGCGCUGGAGGAACGGAACACCUGGAAAGUCGUUCCCAUCAGCGUGGCAAGAAACAAGACCAUCCUCACCGGGAAAUGGGUCUUCCGCGUCAAAACGAAAGCAGACGGCACAAUUGAGAAGUUCAAAGCACGCUGGGUAGUACGUGGAUUCGAUCAGGAGCACGGACGGGACUUCACCGAGACAUUCGCCCCGGUCAGCCGACACACCUCACUUCGAAUUCUUCUCGCGAUCGCCGCCAUGAAGAAGAAGAAGCUACGACAGAUCGAUGUCGCCAACGCGUUUCUCUACGCACCUGUCGACGCGGAGAUCUUCGUCGAACUCCCACAUGGCACUAACGGAGAGCCGAACAAAGUCUGUCAACUACUGAAAUCGCUCUACGGGAUUAAGCAAGCCCCGCGGCUAUGGCAGCAGUACCUACACGCCCGUCUCAUCCGCAUUGGCUUCAAACAACUACCCCACGAUCAGGGGAUGUACCGGCUCACGAAGAACGACGACUACGUCCUGCUAAUCGUCUAUGUAGACGACCUCCUCUACAUCGGCUCGUCCGACGGCAUCACCACCUGGUUCGAAGGGGAGCUGCAGCGGGAUCUCAUGCUCACGGUUUCAUCUACCGUCACACAGUAUCUUGGGCUCAACAUCCGAGAAGAAGAUAACAACGCGAUCUACCUCAGCGCCGCAAAAUACGCCGACACCAUCGCCAAGCGUUUCGCUCUUGCACCAACCGCCAUCUCCACACCAUAUCGCUACACGACAGGGAACAACAAGGGUGAAUCCACUCCACUCAAGCCUGCCGGCAUUCGCGACUACCAGAGAAAGCUGGGAUGCCUUCUCUUCGCAGCCGUCACCUGUCGCCCAGACCUAUCCUACUCCGCAAGCCAACUCGCCACCUACCUCAAAAGACCCGAAGCAGAGCACCUAGCAGAGCUCGACCGCGCUCUUCACUACCUCGUCAGCACCCCGACGAUCGGGCUAACCUAUCACAAGAACGCAACUACACCGACUAAGUUAAUCGGCUACGUCGACGCAGAUCAUGCUGGUGACUCAGACAACAGACGCUCACGCACCGGCUACAUCUAUCGCCUUGAACCUAUCGGUCCUAUCUCCUGGCAGUCGAGCAAGCAGGAGUUAAUCGCACUCUCAUCAGCUGAAGCAGAAUACAUUGCACUCUGCUCAGCCACCAAAGAAGGACUUUAUCUUCGCGAGCUGCUGGAAGAAGCAAAGUUAGCCGAGUUACCCAACUUCACUCUGUUCUGCGACAACCAAUCGGCAAUUCGCAUCGCCAACAAAAGUGGCUUCGCGAACAGAACGAAACAUAUCGCCCUGCGAUAUUUCUUCGUGAAAGACGAGAUCGAGAAGGGGAGACUUGAACUAUCCUACUGCCCCACGUCCGAGAUGGCAGCCGACUAUUUGACCAAGAAGCUCGGAAAGCAGAAGUUUGAGUACUGCAUGCUGCUGACUGGACAAGGCCACGUCAUCAGCAGCGACACUCCAGAAGCGAAGGGGAGUGUUGGAAACAGUAAAUCCUAA